AUGACUUUAAAACAUCUCUUAGUUUUUUGUGCCUUAAUCUGUGUAAAUGUCAACGCGAAGUCAUCAUAUAAAAUAUGCGUGCCGGCGCAGUUCUUGAAGGCAUGCGAGGAGAUGUUGGACGUACCGACCAAGAGCAAAAUUACCUUAGAAUGUGUUCCAGCAAGGGAUAGAGUACAAUGUCUAGGAUUCGUGCAACAAAGACAGGCGGACUUGGUUCCUGUGGACCCUGAAGACAUGUACGUAGCGUCCAAACUGCCAAAUCAGGACUUCGUUGUGUUCCAAGAGUACAGAACUGACGAGGAGCCAGACGCGGAAUUCAGAUAUGAGGCAGUCAUAGUGGUGCACAAGGACCUGCCGAUCAAUAGUUUAGACCAGUUGAAAGGCCUAAAGUCCUGCCAUACCGGAAUCAACAGAAAUGUUGGUUAUAAGAUUCCUCUCACAAUGAUGAUGAAGAGGUCAGUAUUCCCCAAGAUGACCGACCGCAGCAUCUCGCCAAAAGAAAAUGAAUUGAAAGCUCUCUCAACAUUCUUUACACAAUCUUGUAUUGUUGGCAAGUGGUCUCCUGAUCCGAAGACUAACUCUGUUUGGAAGGCUCAGUACAAACAGUUGUGUGCGCUUUGCGAACACCCGGACAAAUGCGACUACCCCGACAACUACAGCGGCUACGAAGGUGCCCUGCGGUGUUUGGCUCAUAAUGGUGGGCAGGUCGCGUUCACUAAGGUCAUCUACGUACGCAAGUUCUUUGGGCUACCCGUGGGAACGUCUCCAGCCGUCCCGUCUACGGAGAAUCCUGACGAUUACGCGUACCUUUGUGUGGAUGGCUCUAAAGUGCCGGUCAGGGAGAAACCUUGUUCAUGGGCUGCCAGGCCUUGGCAAGGCUUGUUGGGGCACAACGAUGUGUUGGCCAAACUCUCGCCAUUGAGAGAGAAAAUAAAGCAGUUGGCUGAUGCUGGCGCAAGUAGCAAACCGGACUGGUUCACGAACGUACUAGGACUAUCAGACAACAUCCACCACGUGGCCGACAACAUCCCGAUCAAGCCCGCCGACUACCUGAAGAAGGCUAACUAUACGGAGGUUAUCGAGCGAGGACACGGCCCCCCGGAACCUGUCGUCAGAAUGUGCGUGACGUCACACCUGGCGCUGGAAAAGUGCCGUCUGAUGUCGGUUUUCGCGUUCAGCAGAGAUAUCCGGCCCAAGAUCGACUGCGUGCAAGAGGAAUCAGAGGACGCUUGCCUAAAGAGCGUGCAAGACAACGGAUCGGACCUAGCUGCCGUGGACGAUAUGAGAGUGGCGGCUGCUUCCAAGAAAUACAACCUGCAUCCAGUAUUCCACGAGGUUUAUGGUGAUGCCAAAACGCCCAACUAUGCAGUGGCCGUCGUCAAGAAGAACACGGCUAUCAACAACAUUGAAGACUUGAGGGGGAAACGAUCCUGCCACAACUCCUUUGGCACAUUCAGUGGAUUGGCAGCACCGCUUUUCUACCUCAUCAACAAGAAAGUUAUAAAGUCUGAUCAGUGCGUAAAGAACAUGGGUGAUUACUUCUCGGGCGGAUCCUGUUUGCCCGGCGUAGACAAACCGGAAAACAAUCCAAAAGGUGAAGACGUCUCGAAUUUGAAGAAGCGAUGCUCUGGGGAUGGCAGUGCGCUGCAGUGUCUGCAAAAUAACGGUGACGUCGCAUUCGUUUCGAGCGCGGACUUAUCGAAAUUCGACUCGACGCAGUACGAGCUACUUUGCCUGAACCGCGAAUCUGGCGGGCGCGAUACAUUAGCGAACUUCGUCACCUGCAAUAUCGCAAUGGCGCCGUCGCGAAGUUGGCUGUCCGCUAAGGACUUCGUGUCGGACGUCUCGAUCGCUCACGCACCGCUCAGUUUGGCACAACUCCUCGAUACGAGAACUGAUCUCUUCAACAUCUACGGAGAGUUCUACAAGAACAACAACGUGUUCUUCAAUAAUGCUGCAAGGGGAUUGGCGACUACCGAAAAAUUGGAUUUCGAGAAAUUCAAGAAUAUCCACGACGUGCUCAACACAUGUGGCGUCGCCUAA